GGGACUGGGGGAAGGAGGUCGAGGUCUGGUACCCCUCUUAUGGACGAGACACCAGUUACCAUGGUAACACUGGCCCCUCCUGUUAAGGAUGAGAAUUCAUCAGAGAAUAACAUUAAUAUAUCAGAGAAUGUAUCACUGUGCCCUCCAGGAGAGGAGGAGGAGAAUAUAAGAACAGCUCCAGGAGGAGCUACAGUUACCAAUGAGAUAGGAAUACAGACUGAAGGGGAGGAGUCUGCAGCAGUAGAGCCUGUGGGGGUGGAGUCUGAGGAGGAGGAGGAGUCUGAGGUCGAUGAGUAUGCAGGGGUUAAGGUUGGACCUGAGGUUGACUUUAAAAGAAUGAAAUCUAAAAUAUUGAAGAGUUAUUUGGACAAAGCUAAUAUAUUAGUGGCAUCAGCAAGAGUAAUGUCAAAUACUGACAGUAAGAACAAAGAUGUGAUAUUGAGAUCUUUAAGGAAGUCAUUAUCAGCUCUUGGUAAGAGGGGAUUGAGAGAGUUCAGAGUUGGAGCUGGCAUAAUUAAACAAGAAUGACCAUUAAACUGUUUCUUGAUCAUUAAUCAUUAGUUAUUCAUUAUAUUGCAACUGAUUACUUAAUUGAUUAUCAAUCAUUGUCCUUGUUGUUGUGUUUCAUUGGAAUGCUUUUCAUUAUUGCUUUCUUUGUACAUUUA